AAUAAAAAUGAAAAACUUUUAGCUAAAACUAUGGCUUCAGAUCACCAGUUGUCGCUUAAUUUUUUUAUAAACUUGACUUAAAUGCUAUUUGGUUAACAUUAUUAAUCUUGUCGUGUUAUAUGACCUGCAAUAGGCACAGUUUAAAGCUCCGGGUGUACCCUUUGAAGUAUAACCAUAAAGAUUCACCAUGAAAACCCAAACAAAAGGUGCGCACUGAAAAAUAAUUUUGUAACUAUGUAUCGUGUGAAAAAAUGUUUUCCCCAUAAUAUAUGAGUUUGUUUUUUGUUUUAUUCGUUUAUGGAUAACAUUUCAGAUACUUGAAUACGCUAUAAUUAUAAUAAAAUGUGUUUAUGAUAUGUAUAAUUCGGCCUAAAAUGAUAUUUAGCUAGUAAUAUAGUUAUAGCUAAAUUUACAUACAACUCGUCUUCAAGCUAUUCCAACCUUAUUUUUUAGAUUAAAAUUUGGGGUGUAUAAAAUGAUAUAAGAAAUCUAAAAUAGGAAAAAAAAAAACCCAUCAAAGACAGUUUGAUUUGAACACAUCUCCAUUUUUCUCAGUGCAAACAUCAUAAUAAUGAAGAGCUGCAAAAAUAUAUGUGAUGCUGUGGCAUAUCAUUAUUAUAAAGCAACUUAAGAUGAAAUAAUAGGAGAACAGGAUGUCAAUUGUUAAUUCACAAUAGAUCAUCAUCACAGAUUAUUUAAUGACAAAAAGUUUUCAAGUUAGCAGGUCUACAGCUGCUUUAAAACCUGUUUUUCACACAUGCUGAAGACAGUGAUCAUUGUUUGUGUCUCUUUUGUUACUUGCUUUUAACAUGACAGAGUAAACACACCUGUGUUUUUUUCUCCUCCCCAGUGAAAUCAGCCCCCGCAACUUACCUAUAAAUAGGCCGGGAUCAGACUGCCUGUUGAUGUUUUCAUCUGUGGAAGUGCCAUGGAUUGGGUACGAUUUGGCAUCCUUCUAAGAAUGAUUGUUUUACAGUGUUUUAUCACGAGGAAUGUGUUGUCAAUUCAGAAAAGAGAAUGGGUUGAUACUCCAACAGCAAAAUCAACAGAGGGAGAUGUGACUUGUUUUUCUGAAUACAUGGAGGUGUGGAUUCACAGUGCGAGAAUCGAAGGGUUGGCAGUCUGGCUCUCUAGGGCCUUACAAGUCCAAGUCAACAUUGCAUCUCUGGAUCACCUAAACCUCCAGCUGUCUGCCUGUGGAUUCUCACUGCACAAAGGCCCUGACAAGAACUUCAUUUUUAGAGUCAGUUACACUGGAUGUUUUGUCCAGCAACUGCAUAACUUCCACGUGCUUACACUGAAUUUGAUGAAGAGGAUAAAUCGAUUCGGAGGCAGACGCCACAGUUUCAUAAUGACGUGCCCCGUGGUUUCUGUACUGCCCACCAGAGAGCAAGUCCAGUGUGACCCCGAGUAUAUUCAGGUGAUCAGACAAGUUCCCCAUGACAACUGGAAUAAUGAGUUGCAGUGGUCACUGUCUUUGAGCGAUCACCUCAUUGUAGCUCUGGAGGAUGCCAGCCUGAUCCAGAUGGACAUUGACAUGAACGGACCAGAUAUUACAAUCCAUGGCAGGAGGAAGGAGAUUUUGAGCCCUAUGAAGGUAAUGGAAACUGAUGGGGAAUUCUUGGCCUUGAAGCUGGUCAGUGGUCAGUAUGCCUACAGUAUGGAAGCUGUGUGUCCAAAGGUGACAACAUCCACAGCAGAGGAGACUGUGCUGCACAUUUUCAAACGACGCAUGGGCUUGACCAAACGAGGCAGCUCUGACAACGAAGGCCUGACAGUCAGCGAUGUGGCGGUGAACCAGACGGAUAAUUUCACUGUGCAUGAGACAAGUGAAUUUGUGUCACUGAUCAUUCCUACAACCCAAAUACUGCAGACCAAGACCUGCGCAGACAGCAAACUACUCCUGCAGUCAUUCUACAGGGUGGAUGUUGUGCUCACCUUCAAAGAGACAAAUCACAAAAUGCAUUGGACCAUGGAGAACACACUGCCAUGCACAGCCGCUCCUGCUGCGUCAUACAUCACAUCCUCUCCUGGUGCAAACAUCACGGCCCUGCCCAUGCUCAACUUUAAGAGUGAGACUUUCACUACAGAGCAAGUGUGGUUGGACCACUCUGCCGUCCCCGUGGGGAAACCGAACAACAGAUCUCCAUCCGAAGAGAUGACGGCAGAAUUUUCCGCCGUCAGUUCACCUCACACACAGACAGAGGGCAGCAGUUUCAAUUCCCACGUUGAGAAGAUGUCAGAGAUUCAAAGUGGGAAUUCAUCUUCUGGGUUUGAUGGCGACACCGUCACUUCCAGCGGUGCGACUGUGACGGACUUGCCUUUCAACACAACGGUUGAAAAUGAACAAGAAUACCAGCAAUUCAACUCAACCAGGGGGGAAUAAAGACCAGCAGAAGCAGAUAAAACUGAAGUGGAUGUUUUAGGUUUAGAAACCUGACACGUGAUCACCAGUCAGCUAUUUCAAUAUUCCACUUGCUUUACGGCCUUUUGAUUCACUCCUUUUGUUUUAAUUCCAGUUGGUGCCAUGUGUUACAUGUCUGUUUGCUGUCUUGUAAGGUGAUGCUGUGGUCAGUCAGUGCUGUGCAGGGUUGAUUAUACAAGCAGAAAUACAGCCAGCCGUUGCCCGAGGGUGGACAUUAUCCAGACACAGACACGGACACAUAAGGCAGGCGUUGAAUAAACAUGUCUCUACCCGAGCAGCACAACGGGCUGAUGAAGAGAAGACCCUGCAGUUGUUACAGGCAAUGCCACCUUCCAGAGAAGCCCUGUGUCAUAGAAACUCACAAAGAAUUGAUUUUUAAAGUCACACCAUGUGUUCUUGGCAAAGAUGGAUCUCAUAUUUUAAGUAGUUUUAUGUUUCUUAGGUUGAACUUGAUGCUUUACAAAUGUGUUUUUUCCUUUGUAAAGGAAAACAAGUUUCUCACUAAAGUGUAUUUCAUCUGCAGUGGUGUUGCUUUGUGUAUCUUUGCUGUAGUAUGCUGUGUCAACAGGAGAGGGCACUAUUGAAUAUGUUUUCAGAAAACUCCUGAUGGGCCGGCAGCCUGCCUGCCUCCUCUCCAAAUGAUCAAGGUUUAAAGGUUUUUGCAUUGAACUUAUAUCAAAUCUUUGUUGCUUUUUUGGU